GCCACGCGGGGCUGCGAGCUUAUAAAUAACGCUGCUCUCUUGGUACUCCUGCUACCAAUGUUCCAUUGAGACACACCUGACGGAUGAGUUCAGGAACCUGAAAAGAAUCGACCUUGUGAUUGAGCGCCAGGCAUAUUGGGUUCAUAGUUGGCUGCCUACAUAACUAUUAGACACGACAUCAUGGACAUGCUGGCAACUAAAACCACAUGGUUGGCCAUAGCUCUCUUUUUCAUAACUGUUGUAGCCACUAAGAUUUCAAGAUGGAAAAGCAAUAUCCAUCAUUUGUCCACAAGACCACUUCCACCUGUGGUGAAUGUCCUUGCUCUCUUACCUUCACUUUUUAAAAAGGGUUUUGGGGUUACAAUCAAUGAUCUGUACACAAGGUACGGCAGUGUAUUUACAAUAAAUUUGCUUGGGCCAAAGAUAACCUUGUUGGUUGGACCAGAUGUCUCGGCUCAUUUCUUCCAAGGGCUGGAGUCAGAGAUUAGCUUUGGUAAUUUUGCCGAGGUUACUGUUCCCAUCUUUGGCCAGGAAGUUUUGUAUGGUGUAGAUGCCGCAACUCGCAGUGAGCAAGUAAACCUCAUGCUUGAUAUACUAAAGCCAUCCAAGUUGCGAAGCCUCGUUGAUCCCAUAUUUCAAGAAGUAGAGGCCUACUUUGCAAAGUGGGGACAAGAUGGCAUAGUUGAUCUUAAACAUGAACUCGAGCAGGUGCUCAUGUUUAUCUCAAGUCGGUGCCUACUUGGAUAUGAGGUUCGGGAGAUGAUGCUAAAAGAAGUAUACUCAUUGUUCCAUGAACUUGAGAAUGGCUUAAACUUUUUUAGCUACUUGUUUCCAUAUUUUCCAACCCUGACAAACCGCCGACGCAAUAAGGCACACAUUAGGCUGAAAGAAAUAUUCACCACAACUAUCAGGUCACGCAGGAGUUCUAGUCGUGUCGAGGAGGAUGCACUACAGAGGUUGAUGGAUUCCAAGUAUAAAGAUGGUCGCUCCAUAACGGAAGGAGAAAUUUCUGGCAUGGUCAUGGCCCUCAUAUUUGCUGGAAAACACCCAAGCUCUAGCACUAGUAUAUGGACUGGAGCUUUUAUGUUGAGCAACACCAAGUUCUUAAUAGCUGCCAUGGAGGAGCAAAAGCAUAUCCUUAGCAAGUACAAGAACCAAAUAGGCUAUGAUGCCUUGUUAGAGAUGGAUACCCUGCAUAGAUGCAUCAAGGAGGCGAUUAGGAUGCAUACACCAGCACAAAUGUUAGCUCGCAAGGCACAUAAGAAAUUCAAGGUGCAGACCAAAGAAGGCAAGGAAUAUGACAUACCUGGAGGGCAUAAUGUUGUAAUCCCUACGGCAUUCAACAAUAAGUUGGCACACGUUUACAAUGACCCUCAUGUGUAUGAUCCGAAUCGGUUUGGUCCUGGAAGAGAGGAGGACAAAGUUGGUGGUGAGUACUCUUUCACAACAUUUGGUGGUGGAAGGCAUGUUUGCCCUGGCAUGGCCUUGGCUUACCUGCAAAUUAAGGUGAUAUGGAGCCAUCUACUAAGAAACUUUGAGCUCAAGCUAAUAUCUCCUUUCCCCGAUGCGGACUUGAGAAAGAUGGGCCAAGAGCCUAAAGGAAAAGUAAUGAUAAGUUAUAAGAGACAUCAACUGUUGCACUUAUAGCCAUUGAUAAAGUAGUAAUACUAAUAAUCAUACCUAGUUAGUUUAGUGUAAGAAUUUGGGUAUGGAAAGGUUCGUCCCGAA